AUGGUCGCAACAAAUACAGGACCAGAAGUCCCACCCGGCUUCACAAUAAAAGAAUUUUCUUCCUUCCUGCCAAAACUCCGCCCAGCCAUCGCCGACAAGGUAGCCAAACUCGAAAAGAAAAUCUUCCCCGCAAUAGAGCAUUUCAACUACGACGUUGAGCUGAAGAAAAAGAACACGGGCUUGCUACUGGUAUUCAAGGAAGACGAUGACGAAAGAUUGAUCGCUUAUCUCGUGUAUCAGCGGAUGAAGAGGCUGGCGUGGCUACACAAACUUUGUGUUGUUGAGCAAGAGAGGCAAAAGGGCGUAGGCAAGGCGCUGAUUCGCAUGUUUCACUAUCAGAUGGAAAGAGGAGGGUGUCAGACGGUGUUUUUGUGGGUCGAUGAGAGUAGACAGUCUGCAAGAGCAUUGUAUGCGUCAUGUGGCUUUGAGCAGUCUGAGCGCCGACCUGAUUACUACGGUCCUGGGCGUACGGCUUUGAAGUUGGAGUUGACAAUUGGGGAAUGA